GGAGACCUGUCACCACCUAGCCAGACGCAGAUUUCCCUCUAGUGCUUCAAGCUUGGAAGUCGUUAGCUAAGAAUUCGUUGAUUCAUUUCGUGUCAGUCGAUUCAGUGCAACAGAAUUUUUGCUACAGACCGUAGCGUUACCGACUGGCAAAGCUGGUAGCUUCUCUACAGCCUAGAUGUCGAACGAAGCGGAACGACUGAUAGCGACCAACUGUGAAGAAUUCGACAAUAAACAGCCCGCUUCUGUGGAAGUACCAUCUGUAGCAGCUGUAGCAGCCAACAUGGACAUGAACGCACCAGCCUCGGACAACAACAUCAUGUUGGAAGGUUUUCCACGUGUGACAACAGAGAGUGCAGCUCUCUCUGAUGAUAUGGAUCCCCUUUUAAAUUUGUCUGUACAACUUGAUUCGAAUGAUGUUGUUGAUGAUGUGGAGGAGGUUCCAGACAACAAUGAACCCAAAAAGAAAGAAUUUCACUGUCUUGGAGUAAAUCUACACCUUUUACCAGCCAAGUUAUUCUAUCUAACAUUCUUUGGUGGACUGGGUUGUGUUUUUCCGUAUCUUUCUGUGUAUUAUCGUUUUGUCGGACUCUCUGCUCGACAAACGGGAAUUUUACAAGCCGUGCGACCAUUUGUGCUCUUCUUUGCAACACCUUUUUGGGGAAUUAUGGGAGAUAAAUUUCAAAGAACCAAGUUGAUAUGGCUGAUUUCUCUUACCAGCCUUUUAGUGCUAACCUCUUUGAUUGUUUUUGUUCACCCCAGCUCAGAGACCUUGGAUCUCCAAAAAGUAUGCGUGUGCAAUACUACUGUGAAUACAAACAGUAGUACUGGUAUAGAUAUUACAGGUGGCAAUGAUUUCAGCACUAUUUGCCCGUCUGUUAAACAACAUACCAUCGAUGCCAGAUUAGACAAGUUCUUUCCUCUUAUGGCUCUAGUAUUUGUUGGUGCAUUCUUUGGUUCACCUGCACCUUCUCUGGCAGACCACUUUGUGAUAGAAUUGCUGGGAGAUGCACGGCGUGGUCAUUAUGGGAAGCAAAGGCUAUGGGGAGCAGUUGGAUGGGGCCUAGGAGCAUUUGGGUCUGGUUAUGCUUCAAACAGUGAUUCAGAAUGCACUGCUAACUACAACAUACACUUCAUCUUGUUUGUUGCUAUUUUUCUGGUUUGUGUGGGUUUCGCUGUACUGAUCAAGCCAGUAACCAGACCCAAAGUCAAAGUCAAAGUAGACAAUGAAGUGAGCGUGAUGAAAAGCUUGAAAGCUCUUUUAGUAAACCCAAAGAUGUGUGUUUUCCUUGCUGCGAUUUGGCUUGUUGCCAAUUUCAUGGCAGUUAUUGAUAACUUCUUGUUUUGGUUUCUAAAGGACCUCGGCGGAGGAGACGUUGUCAUUGGUUUAUCACUUUUGUUCAUGUGUGUGGGUGAGGUUCCUGUUUUCAUUAUAUCUGGACAUAUUAUUGGACGCAUUGGUCAUAAUGGUGCUCUCUACCUCACCUUCAUUUGCUAUAUUCUUCGCUUUUUUCUUUAUUCGGUUCUCACAAACCCAUGGACAGUACUGCCAGUUGAACUACUACACGGAGUUACAUUUGCACUGAUGUGGGCUACAGCUACUUCAUUUGCUAAAGAGAACGCUCCACCAAAUAUGUCUGCAAGUUCACAAACAAUCUUGUCUGGAGUUUAUUGGGGUUUUGGUAGAGGAUGUGGUGGUAUUCUGAGUGGAUUGGCAUGGCAGCAGUUUGGUGCACGAAAUACAUUUAGGGCAUGUGCUGUGUUGUCGCUAGUUGGAGGUGUUCUUUUUUACAUGGCUCAGUGGCUUCUAAGGUGGAGAAAAUGUGAGAAAAAAUCAAGACAACUGCCAGUCAUACUUAGUCUACUUGAACGUAAAGACUGUUUGCAAUGUGAUAGUUUUGUGAAAGAGUGUAGUGAGUUAAAUAAUACUGCAAGUAAAGUGUAACCUGUUGUUAUCAUA